AAGAAGCUACACUUGUCAGGGGAUGGCCGGUGUGACACCCCAGGUUUCAGUGCCAAGUACUGCCAUUACACCCUCAUGUUGGACGACACCAAGGAGAUUAUUCACACAGAACUGCUGCAGUCUACAGAAGCCGGCAGCUCUGUUGCCAUGGAACCACUCGGUUUCAAAAGAGGCAUGAAUGAGAUCAUGGGUGAUGGCUUAGAUAUUGAGGUGAUGACCACGGACCGCUCAACAUCGAUACGCAAGAUCAUGAGGGAAGAAUUCCCCAAUGUUCAGCAUGAGUUUGACAUCUGGCAUACAGCGAAAGGUUUGAGGAAGAAGAUACAGAGGAAAGGAGCAAUUAAAGGGAACGAAAUUCUUGCUGCAUGGAGCAGGUCAAUCAUAAACCACAUGUGGUUUACCUGUGCAACAAGCAAGGGUGAUACAGAGAUACUGAAAUGCAGAUGGCAGUCCAUUCUACACCACGUGUGUAAUGAGCAUGAAUGGACAGAGGCUGAUGGACAAACAAACCGGUGUGGACAUCAUCCUCUAACAGCCCAGGAGCAAAGCAAGUGCCAAUGGAUGAAGAGGGAGUCUUCAGCGUUUGAAAAUCUCGAAUCGCUGGUAAAUGACAAAAGGCUUUUGAAAGACCUGGAACAGAUGGCCCUGUUCAAACACACUGGGCCGCUGGAGAUCUUUCACAGUGCAAUGCUCAAGUACCUCCCAAAAAGGCAGGGAUUCUCUUUCCAGGGAAUGAGAGAAAGGGGUCAUCUUGCAUGUUUGGAGCACAAUGAAAACAUUGUCAAAAGAAAGCAGGCCACAACCAAGACAGGACAACCAUGCUUCAACCAAGUGUUUUGCAGGAGAUCCAAGCAGUGGGUCGUGAAGCAGAUUUUUAUUCCACACACCACCCAGUUCAUUGACACACUUGUCACAAGUGUCAUAACCAGAAGACGAAACCCAACGAUUCUAUAUAAGGUUUCAACAUCCUCACUUGCCCUGCCCCAGCCUGCGCUGCCACCUAACAUUGCACCAGUGCCAAAACCACCAAAGGAGGCGGCAGUGGCUGAAUUAAAAAGGCUCUUCUGAGAGGAACAUCUGACCUAUUUUAUCUAUUUAAACGUAUCUUUUAUAAAACAUUUGUUUUCAAUCUUAUCUUUGUAAAUAUUGGAUCAUUUUCCUUUGUGAAUAAAAUCUUAUUGUUUUUACUACCUUA